AUGCAAACGUUAAGUAUGGACACACCCACACGUAGCAGUACACUAUUUGUAUCAUGUGACGGUGAUGUAUUUGACGUGCACACCAUUGGGGACGGUACAGUUUCCGGUACAUUCUACAAGGCUGGUGAUGUGGCCAAGCUCGUUGUAGUUAUGGGGGCAAAGAUUGUAAAGGCAUCAGUUGACGAUGAGCUGUGUUUCCGAUUCGGAUCGGACGCGACUGAUCCUGUCUACAUUUCACUAGACGGGCUCGUUCAGUACAUGUUUACAAGUAGAAAGGACAGGAAGGGGCCAUAUGGUAAGUGGAUGCUGGAUAUCCUACACCCAUUCAUGCUGCGCGACGACGUGGCAAUUAUCGAGCUGGCGAAGGAGUCUCUCUCCAAGACUAUUCCUCCAGAAAUGGCUGUUUGUUUUGAGAUGGGGAUCUACCUCAUCCUCGUCGGGACCGUGGAGCAGUUGCAGGACAAGUGCACUGUACCCACUGACGCAGACGACAACCACGUCGUGGUCAAGCUCGGUAUGUCCAAAACAAGUAUCAUGCGUCGACUGACUGCACAUGAAGGCCGAGAAGGCAGUCAAGGACUUUUCCACGAGCUCCACGACGCGAAGCCGUUCAUGUACGAGGGGCAGACGGAAGUAUUUUCUCUUCCGCGCGAAAAGCUCCAGGGUAUAGUGGGCCACUUUACUAACAUUGCUAAGGAAGUGGGGAGCGUGAAUGUGACACACAGUCUGUCUCACAUCAUCGAGACUCUCAAGCUGAACCUUGAGCAUACAUCUGAUAUUAAGAAAACUCUGGAUGCAGAGAAUGUCGUGUUAAAAGACGAGAAGGUCAUCUUGAAGGAGAAGAACGCGCGUUUGUCACAACGCUUGAACUUGAUCUCUGAACGUCGUGACGACGAUCAAUACAAGCACGCCGAAGAAUUGAGAGAGAUCAGAACCAAACUUGAUCUGGCCAACGUGCAAAUUACGCGGCUCGGUAUGUCAGCACCAAUGCGUAAACGCCUCAGACUUGACGAUUAG